CUUGAUAAACAGUAUUCGGGUUUCCAGAGGUACCAGUGGAUUUUAGGGGAUAAACAUCAGUGAAUCAGAAUCAGAUUUAUUACCACAGUCCUAAUGAACAUCUUGGGCUGAAAUGGCAACUGCCUCCAUGGAUGCUGCCUGAUCUGCUGAGCUCCAGCAGUUUGUCAGUGUGUGUGUAUGUGUUGCUCUGGAUUUUCAGCAUCCGCAGAAUCUCUUGUGUUUCUCAUCAUUGACUUUGAUGAUUUGUUAUUUUGCAGCAGGAGUACAGUGCAAAGACAUAUAAAUUAUAAAUUAAAUAGCACAAAAAUGGCUGUGAACUGUUCAUAAAUCUGAAGGUGGGGGGUGGGUUUGGGAGAAGCUAUUCCUGUAUUGUUGAGUGUGUGUCUUCAGGCUCCUCUACCUGCUUCCUGAUGGUAACAAUGAGAAAGGGCAGAUCCUGGAUGGUGGGAGUCCUCUGUGAUGGAUGCUGCCUUUUGAAAGUGGUUUUUGAAGAUAAUUCAGUUGAAUUCCACUGGCUGAAAAGUGCUUUUGGAUAUCUUGAGAUUCUGAGAAAAACAUCUAUAAAAAGUUUGUUUUUCAAAAGCUUUCAAUCUUAAAAUUGGAAUUUUUAUCAAAAAUGUGGGCGUUGGAGACAAGUCUGGAGAUCUGUUCCAAAUCUCAUAUGAAUGUGUGAGGCAGGCGCGUUGACAUUCCCAGGUAUGUACUGUGAUGUCAAACAGUGUUCCAGCAUGUCUUGGCAUCACUUGUGUGAAACUCAUCCUUGCGGGGUAGCUCUGUAAAUAAAACGGCUUUAACUUAGGAAUGGAGAGUGCUCAUCUGGCACAGAGCUGGAAGUCAAAGGCUUCACCAUGGGUGUCCUCACAGGCUGGAAAGCGUGUCCUUUCUUGUAACUCUAUCUGAUGUUCCACGUUACAUCAAUUGCCAUGAUCUCUCCCCCUCCCCUUCUUCCCCUCUCAUUCCCCUCUCUACCCCUUCUCUCUCCCUCCCCCUCUACCCUCUCACCUCCACCCUCGCCCAUCCUCUUCCUGUCCUUCUCCUCCUCCCCUCACCCUCCCCUACAUUUCUGCUCCCCCUCAUUUCCCUCACUGUUCUGGUCCUCCAUAAUCUUUCAAAAAUAUACCUACUUCCUCUUUCUGUAUCCUCUAACCUCUAAGGUAGAGGUAGAGAUCUCCACAGAAGAAGUUCCUAAUCACCAAAAAACCUACUGGAAGAACUGCAGGUUGAGCAGCAUCCACUGAGUAGGAAGGGAAUUGUCACCGUUUCUGGUUGAAAGCUGCUGAGUUUCUCCAGCUGCUCCCAGAUUCCGCAGCCUGCAGUCCUUUGUGGCUCUAGAGCCGAUAUCAGGUAGUGAGGUACAUUCCAGGACUGUGAAAAUAGGGCUGAUCUCAGUCGGGAUUGCUGGGGAAGUUAAAGCUUUGUGCCUGGUGGUAAAAUGAUUCACCAGAGGCCCACCAAGCUUUAAAAGUCUACAGAUUAGACCCAGUCCUCUGCUGCUCAGUUUUAAAUGACUACCCUCACGACAUUGUUUGUAGAUGUGUAACUAUAUUUAACACACUGAGGGGCACCACGGUAAAGCAGCAUUUAAUGCAGCAAUAUUACAGCUUGGGGAGUAAAUUCCAACGCUGUCUGCAAGGAGUUUGUAUGUUCUCCCCGUGACUGUAUGUUGCAGCUGCUCUGGCUUCCUCCCACGGUCCAACGACGUACCAGUUAGGAGUUAAUUGGUGAUUGGAAAUUGUCCUCUGAUUAGGCCAGAGUUAAAUGGGUGAGUUACUGGACAGCUUGUUGGGCCAGAAGGGCCUGUUCUGUGCUUUAUCUCUAAGCAAUCACUUCCAUCAUCUGUCUCAGUAAAGCAGCCGGAAUAAAGACCCCACCCACCUGGACGAUUCAUCUCCAACCCCUCCCAUCAGGCAGAAGAAUCAAAAGCUUAAAAGUCUGUACCACCAGGCUCAGGAAGAGCUUCUGUCUGACUACGGUGAGACUGUUGAACAGGCCUCAAGUAUGAGAAGAUUUGCUCUUGAUCUCAUGAUCUACCUCGCUAGCAUCUUGCACUUUAUUGUCUACCUGCACUGCACUUUCUCUAGUUUUUACACCUUAUUCUGCAUUGUUAAUGUUUUAACUCAGUAUACUGUGCAGUGAUCUGUAUGAACAGUAUGCCAGACAAGUGGGCAACAUUGCACGGUAGUGGUUAGCACAAGGCUUUCCAGUACCAGUGACCCAGGUUCAAUUCCCGCGCACCCCGUAAGAAGUUUGUACAUUCUCCCUGUGACCACAUUGGUUUCCUUUGGGUGCAUUAGUUUUUUGUAACAGUCCACAGAUGUACUGGUUAGUAGGUUAAUUGGUCAUUAUAAAUUGUCCUGUGAUUAGGCCAGCGUUAAAUCAGGGGAUUACUGGACAACACGGUUCAAUUGGCCAAAAGGGCCUAUUUGGUGCUGUAACUCAAUAAAUUACGAGCUUUUCACUGUACCUCAUACUUGAAAUCAAUUCCAGUUUAUCUCCUCUAUAUCGAAUGCAGAUGGCGGAAUGGCUUUGUCAAGUACCUUCGUUCUGUCGGCUGCAGAAGGCAGGAUUUCCCAUUCCCUUUCUCAUAUGUGUGUCGUUGACCUCUACUGCCAUAAGGCAGAUCCAAAUCCAGGGAAUAGGUUGCAGGAAAACUGAUUCUUUUCCCCUCAAGGACAACAGAAGUCCCCUACUCCUUUUAUCCUGACUGGUAAAAAUUAGCUUUAUUAGCAUUGCAUGUCUUUCGAACCAUACAGUGAAAUGAGUUCCGGUACCUUCCAGUGAGAUAGUGGCGCAUUCGAACGCAGCCGCCUCUCGGGCCAACCAGUGAUGCACUUUUCUUUUUAAAAUGUGUUUGUUUAUGAUCGUAAGACUAUACUGGGCUCCAAGAACUACGGGUGCAGUAGGGCUGCUCAUUGUUCAGGCUGAGGUGUCAAAGGAGCUGGUGGACGGGCCAGAGAAGGAGAAGUCAACUCUCAGGCCGGAAAAGGGGUUCCGGCGGUCCGGCCGGAGAAGGGGAAGCCGGCGGUCGGGUCGGAGAAGGGGAAGCCGGCGGUCCGGCCAGAGAAGGGGUUCCGGCGGUCCGGUCGGAGAAGGGGAAGCCGGCGGUCCGACCGGAGAAGGGGUUCGGGCGGUCCGACCGGAGAAGGGGAAGCCGGCGGUCCGGCCGGAGAAGGGGUUCGGGCGGUCCGACCGGAGAAGGGGAAGCCGGCGGUCGGGUCGGAGAAGGGGAAGCCGGCGGUCCGGCCAGAGAAGGGGUUCCGGCGGUCCGGUCGGAGAAGGGGAAGCCGGCGGUCGGGUCGGAGAAGGGGAAGCCGGCGGUCCGGCCAGAGAAGGGGUUCCGGCGGUCCGGUCGGAGAAGGGGAAGCCGGCGGUCCGACCGGAGAAGGGGAAACCGGCGGUCGGGUCGGAGAAGGGAAGCCGGCGGUCCGACCGGAGAAGGGGAAGCCGGCGGUCCGGCCAGAGAAGGGGUUCCGGCGGUCCGGUCGGAGAAGGGGAAGCCGGCGGUCGGGUCGGAGAAGGGGAAGCCGGCGGUCCGGCCGGAGAAGGGGAAGCCGGCGGUCGGGUCGGAGAAGGGGAAGCCGGCGGUCCGACCGGAGAAGGGGAAGCCGGCGGUCCGGCCAGAGAAGGGGUUCCGGCGGUCCGGUCGGAGAAGGGGAAGCUGGCGGUCCAACCGGAGAAGGGGUUCCGGCGGUCCGGUCGGAGAAGGGGAAGCCGGCGGUCCGGCCAGAGAAGGGGUUCCGGCGGUCCGGUCGGAGAAGGGGAAGCCAGCGGUCCGGCCGGAGAAGGGGUUCCGGCGGUCCGGUCGGAGAAGGGGAAGCCGGCGGUCCGGCCAGAGAAGGGGUUCCGGCGGUCCGGUCGGAGAAGGGGAAGCCGGCGGUCCGGCCGGAGAAGGGGUUCCGGCGGUCCGGCCGGAGAAGGGGAAGCCGGCGGUCCGGCCAGAGAAGGGGUUCCGGCGGUCCGGUCGGAGAAGGGGAAGCCGGCGGUCCGGCCGGAGAAGGGGAAACCGGCGGUCGGGUCGGAGAAGGGGAAACCGGUGGUCCAGCCAGAGAAGGGGUUCCGGCGGUCCGGUCGGAGAAGGGGAAGCCGGCGGUCCGGCCGGAGAAGGGGUUCCGGCGGUCCGGCCGGAGAAGGGGAAACCGGCGGUCGGGUCGGAGAAGGGGAAGCCGGCGGUCCGACCGGAGAAGGGGUUCCGGCGGUCCGGUCGGAGAAGGGGUUCCGGCGGUCCGACCGGAGAAGGGGUUCCGGCGGUCCGGUCGGAGAAGGGGAAGCCGGCGGUCGGGUCGGAGAAGGGGAAGCCGGCGGUCCGACCGGAGAAGGGGAAACCGGCGGUCCGGCCGGAGAAGGGGAAACCGGCGGUCGGGUCGGAGAAGGGAAGCCGGUCAGGCUGAAGAGGGUUCAGAGGAGCUGCCCUGGGUGCAGACUAUGCUGCUGCCAGCUACUCGAAGACAUCGGGGUUGUUGCGCGAAAGCAGCGUGUUGUGUAACUGUGAGUGACUGUCUUGGCCGUUUUUCUUACGAUCACAAGACCCUGUUGGACGUUGAUAAUUUAAGAUUCUGUAACCCUAUUGCCCUUGUUUGGUGUGAGACAAGUGACAAGGCAGCAGCGUGGCUUCA